AAUUUCAGGUUCUUGAUUCUCCUGUAUGUAUUCUAUAUUGCAGUCACUUUGUUGUUGUAAUGGAGAAGGUAGUGAUGAUGAAGGGCCGUUGAUAAACGAUACCGAUGGUGGUCAUUUCGGAACAGCUACGCCUUCUGAUUCAGCUAGUCGUUUCUGGGUGAAUGGCGCUGAACAACACGUCACAUCUCAUACCACAUCUAAUGGCCCUGGUAGUUUUCGGCAAGGUAGCGACGAAGAUGAAUUACUAAAUCAAAUUCUGGAAGCUACACAGCAAAAUAUAAUAGAUGUUGCUAAUAUGGAUGGUGCUACAACGCCCUAUAAAGAACACUUAUCAAAAGCACAAAGAUAUAGUGAUGCAGUCAGACAACAUGAUUUACGAGUUCGGAAGCAUGCUUUUAAUACGACUCCAGAAGUACGAUUUGUGUCUCUUAUUCGAUGUCGGACCACGAGUGAUUGAGGUGUUGCAACGACCGGCACAAACUUUCAUAACGCAUUCUGAUUUACGAGAUUUUGCCGGAAAUAUGUCCGCUGCAAUGGUAAAUGGUAUACAAAUUGAACACAGACAGGAUAUCCUCAUUCACAUGACUUUUUCGGACGAAUAAUUUUGAUAUGGAUUAAGUUUUGACAUAGAG